AUGGAGAAGGAAUUGCGCUCUCUUAAUGAUCUCCUGGCAAAUCAGAGCUAUAUCAACGGGUUUGUUGAGCGAAAUCCGGAUAUUAUCCAUGUGUUUUUAGUUUUACGCCCAGUUCUUUAGACAGAGCCGCGCUUUCGAAUGUGAGCAACAUUCCUGACGGCCUAAUCUAUGUGAAAAGGUGGUAUCAACAUUUGAAGAGCUUUAGUGAAGAGGAAUUGAACAGGUUUGAUCCAGUUUUUCAUAUUAGUUUUGUUGUUUUAGACUUCCAAAGGAAACCCCCUCAAAUUCCAUCAAAAAUCUCAAAAUUUUGGUGGAGAAUGAUGCAGCUAGGUACGCGGGAUCGUGUCGUGUUUGUAUUUUGUUCGCUUUGUUCUGAAUUAACCCCAAUGAGUGCGUGCUUUAUUAAUUUAUAUUGCUUUAGUUCAAAACCGAAGAAAUUGGUGGAAAACUCGCCGAAAAUGACGGUGUCCAAUGGUGCGACUGCUACCGAAAAUCUUCCAGAGCACUUACUCAGUGUGCUGGAUAAAGUGGGAGAGUUCGAUACCUCUAAAUUGGCGGAGGAAUUGAGUGUGGACCAUAAUAAGAUUAUUGGAGCCGUCAAAUCGUUGUUAUCUCAUGAAAACGUAAGAUUUUUAAAUUUUUCUUGGUUUUUAGGUGUUUUCGAUGAUUUUCUGGACUGGAAAAGUUAUUUGCACUGCUUUUUGUGACGAUUUACUUUGAUGUAGAUUAAAAAUUUCUCAAAUUUCAUCGUCAACAUCUAGUGUAAUAUAAUUUCAGCUGAUUGACACGAAGGACCGUCAAAUCAAACAAUUUGCAUUAUCAGGAGAAGGAAAAGAGAUUGCUGAACAAGGAUCUCACGAAUUCCGCGUCUUUCAAGCGAUUGGAGCCGAUGGAGUUCCACAGAAACAAAUUGUGGUAAGUGUAAUAUAAUUUUUAUUAUUGUUCUGUGUUUAGGCCAAGAUGCAAGAAGAAGUUGAUAGUUUAAGCUGUAUACUUGUAGGAUCUUUCAUUCGGAAAGAUUGGAAUGUCCAAAGCCUUGGCCAAUAAAUGGAUUGCCUUGGAUAAAUCGGCAACUCCUCCAAAGUUGGUGAGGAAGGUGGAGGAUGUUAAAGACGAAGUGAGAGAGGCUUUGUUGGCCCUGAAAAAGAAUGAGGAACUUGCUCAAGCCGUUUUGGAUCAACUGAAGAAACGGAAAUUGGUUAGUGAAAGGUGAGGUUAUAUUGUUCAUGGCGAAAUCUGUGUUUAUAUUGGUGUUCAAGGCCAUUUUAGCCUAAGAUAUUUCUUUCAGUGAUAUUUUAGAUGGUGUAGAGACAUUUGGAAUCAAUAGUAAAAAUUUUCUGAUAUUACUUUAGAUAUCGAAUGUCAAAGUUUUGUUGUUAAUCGAGUUUAAUAUAGUCCAUAUUGACUGUUAAUCCCUGUUUCAGUGUUAUAAAGGCUCUGGUUGUGUCCAAAGGCUCAGCUUUCACUACCACCCUCGAAAAACCAGAAGUUGACAUCACCGCCGAGAUGUUGGCCACAGGCUCGUGGAAGGAUAAAACCUUCAAAAAGUACAACUUUGAAGCCCUGGGAGUCCCACCACCUGCCGGACAUCUUCAUCCCUUGUUGAAGGUGCGCUCGGAAUUCAGAGAAAUCUUUUUCCAAAUGGGAUUCACGGAAAUGGAGACGAAUAGAUAUGUGGAGAGCUCGUUCUGGAACUUUGACGCCCUCUUCCAGCCACAAAUGCAUCCCGCUCGAGAUGCUCACGACACCUUUUUCCUCAAGGGUAUGAUAAAAAUUGAAUUUUGAGAAAGAACUUUGAAAUUUGAAAAUGAGAUUUUUAAAAAAAUUUGCCUCCAAUUUUUGUGAAAUUUUUAAUAGUGAGCCUAGAUGGGACGGAGAUUAGUUGCUGAAAUUUUUAGUAAUUUAUUUGGAAUUGAGGGCUGAGAUAUUCGAUUUUUUUAAUUUUAGGGAGUAUUUUUUUGCACUGUGCGAAAAAUUGUUGGUUGCAAAAUGGUAAAAUACGGUAUGAAUUAUCUCUAUAGUAUUUUUUAAAAGAUUUUUCGUGUUUUGUUUCAAAUUUUUCUCAGCGCUGUUGUGGUAAUUUUGGGUCCGCACUGUGCAGUAGAAAAUUUUUUGGGUCUUCCGCACUGUGCAGUCGAAAAAUUUUUUUGCUUCGCACAGUGCAAUCGCAAAUUUUUGGGUCUGCACUGUGCAACAAUUUUUUUUUUCUUAAUUUCCAUUUGAAACUUAGUUUUGUGGUUAUAAUUGUGCUUUUCAGACCCCGAAAAGAGCACCCAAUUCCCUGAGGACUACCUGGAACGCGUGAAAAAAGUCCAUUCGGAAGGCGGAUACGGCUCCAUCGGCUACAAAUAUGACUGGAAGAUCGAAGAAGCCGAGAAAAAUGUAUUGCGAACCCACACCACCGCCGUCUCGGCACGCACCCUCUACAAAUUGGCCCAAGAAGGAUUCAAACCGUCCAAGUUUUUCAGUAUUGAUCGAGUCUUCAGGAACGAAACUUUGGAUGCCACGCAUUUGGCGGAAUUCCAUCAAGUUGAGGGAGUCGUAGCGGAAAGGAACUUGUCUUUGGCUCAUGUUAUUGGACUGUUCACGGAAUUCUUCAGGAAAUGCGGUAAGUUUUGGAUAUUUUUUGGUCAUGGAUAAUAUAAAUUUUGGGUCAAAAGUGGGAAAUAAUAGUGUUAAUAGAGAGAAGAUGGUGUAAAUAGAGGGUUAGAGUGAAUUUUGCUAUGAGUUGAUUGGAAAUUUUCAGGUUUUAGAGCAAUUUUUGUCAUGGAUAAUAUAAUUUUUGGAAGGAAAACUUGAAAUAUUGCUUUUAAUUGAGAGAAUGCGCCGUCUAGAGCGCUGUAGAGUAUUUUUACUCUGGGUUGGCCAAAAAUUUUGAGAUAUUAGAUCAGUUUUUGCCAUGGAUAAUAUAAUUCUUUGAAGGAAAACUUGAAAUAUUGUCUUUAUUUGAGAGAAUGAGCCGCCGAAAGUGCUGUAGAGUAAUUUUUACUCUGGGUUGGCCAAAAAUUUUUGGUUUUUAGAACAGUUUUUGUCAUGGAUAAUAUAAAAAAAAUUCAAAAUUGAUUUUUUUUCGGCUUUAAACCUUUUCAAAAGUUUCAUUCUUAAACAUUAUCCUUCAGGAAUCGAAAAUCUCCGCUUCAAACACACCUACAACCCCUACACCGAGCCCUCAAUGGAGAUCUACGCGUAUCACGAGGGUCUCAAAAAAUGGGUCGAAAUCGGGAACUCGGGCCUCUUCCGCCCAGAAAUGCUCCUCCCCAUGGGCCUACCGCCGGAUGUGAAUGUCGCCGGCUUUGGAUUGUCGCUGGAACGGCCCACAAUGAUCAGGUAUGGCAUCUCGAACAUCCGAGAGCUGUUCGGCCACAAAAUUGACCUGAAUAUGGUCUAUAAAAACCCGAUUUGUCGCCUGGAAAAGAAGUGA